AGAAAGAGAAACUGAAACUGAAGUGUAGUUGAGCUGUUGUGUGUUUGUGUCUCUGUGUUCAUGCAGUAAAAUGGCAGAAGCCAGAAUUUCUCAGGAUGAGUUCAUGUGUCCAGUGUGUCUGGAUCUCCUGAAGGAUCCAGUGACCAUUCCCUGUGGACACAGUUACUGUAAGAUCUGUAUUACAGACUGCUGGGAUCAGGAGGAUAAGAAGAGAGUCUACAGCUGCCCUCAGUGCAGACAGACUUUCAGUUCAAGACCUGCUUUAGCUAAAAACACCAUUCUGGCUGAAGUGGUGGAGAAACUGAAGAAGAUUAAACUUCCCGCAGACUGUUAUGCUGGAGAUGUGCAGUGUGACGUCUGUACUGGAAAAAAACACAAAGCCGUCAAGUCCUGUCUGGUGUGUCUGAACUCUUACUGUCGGAAUCACCUUGAACAACAUGAGAGUUUCUUUAAAGGAAAGAGACACAAUCUGACUGAAGCCACUGGACGACUGCAGGAGAUGAUCUGCCCAAAACACGACAAGAUCCUUGAGGUUUUCUGCCGCACUGAUCAAAAGUGUAUAUGUCUGCUGUGUACGAUGGAUGAACAUAAAAACCACGACACUGUAUCAACUGCAGCACAGAGGACAGAGAAACAGCAUCAGCUGAAGGAGACGCAGAGGUCAUUCCAGCAGAGGAUCCAGCAGAGAGAGAAAGAUCUUCAGCAGCUGAGAGAGGCUGUGGAGUCUCAUAAGCGCUCUGCACAGAGAGCAGUGGAGGACAGUGAGAGGAUCUUCACUGAGCUCAUCCACUCCAUUGAGAGAAGCCGCUCUGAGGCCACACAGCGGAUCAGAGAUCAGGAAAAGACUGCAGUGAGUCGAGCUGAAGGACGACUGGAGCGACUGGAGCAGGAGAUCAAUGAUCUGAGGAGGAGAGAUGCUGAGCUGGAGCAGCUUUCACACACACAGGAUCACAUCCAUUUCCUGCAGAGUUUCCAGUCUCUCUCAGUUCCUCCUGAAUCUACAGACGUAAAUGACGAUCCCUUCAGUUCUCUCUCCUCUUUUGAUGUUGUGAGAGAAUCUGUCCGUCAGCUGAGAGACAAACUGGAGGAUUUCUGCAAAGAGGAGCUGAAGAAGAUCUCUGACAGAGUCACUUUCACCAACAUUGUUCCCAGAACCAGGAACGACUUCCUACAAUAUUCCCAUCAGCUCAAUCUGGAUCGGAACACAGUGAAUAAACGCCUCCGUCUGUCUGAGAGGAACAGAGUGAUCACUAACAUUUUCCCAGAGCUUCAGCCAUAUCCUGAUCAUCCAGACAGAUUUGAUCAUCCUCAGGUGUUGUGUAGAGAGAGUGUGUGUGGACGCUGUUACUGGGAGAUUGAGAGGAGUGGUGGUGUAGAUAUAUCAGUGUCAUAUAAGAGCAUCAGCAGGAAGGGAUCGGGUAAAGAGUGUGUGUUUGGAUGUAAUGAUCAGUCCUGGGGUUUGUUCUGCUCUUCCUCCAGUUGCUCAUUGAGUCACAAUGACACAGAGACUAAACUCCCAGUAAAGCCCAUCAGCAGUAGAAUAGGAGUGUAUGUGGAUCACAGUGCAGGAACUCUGUCCUUCUACAGCGUCUCUGGAGACACAAUGAGCCUCAUCCACACAGUCCAGACCACAUUCACUCAACCGCUCUAUCCUGGGUUUGGUGUUUAUAUUGGAUCAUCAAUGAAACUGUGUUGAUGAAUCUACCCAUAAUACUUUCAUUCUUUCAUUACAUCAAGUCUCUAGGGGAAUAUUAUUCUAAAUUAAGUGCAUUCUCCUUAAAAAAGGCAAAAAUAUCUUUAAAAUAAUAAUAAAAUAUGUUCUUUCUAUUGCUUCCAAGUUUCAACAAAUAAAUUAGACUUGAAUUGUAAUGAUUCAUGACUGCUGUGUAUGCCUAAUGAUGAUGAUACAAUGCUUUCUCGUGAAUAAAGGUAUAUAAAUAAGAUUUUAAUAAAUAAAAAUUAUUCUUUCUACGGCUUCCAGAUUUCAACAGUUAAAUUACAAACUAGUAUUACUGCUAUGUAUGUCCAAUGGAGCUGUUUUUUAUAACAGUAUAACAGUAUGUUUAUACGACAACGAUGUACUAAAAUUGUCACUGAUCAGAUUUCCUUAGGAUGAAGAAAUAAAAGGCCUUAUUGACUUUUUUUUUUUUUUUUUU